CCCGGAAGUUGUUUCUUCGCCGCGAAGUAUCAACUGCUCAACUUCAAAGCGGUAGAAAUGUUAUUGGAAAUGUCUUUCAGAAUUUAAAAGUGUCUCUACUGGACUAAGUGUGAUAGCUGAGAGGAUAGCAAGGUUGGUGAUAUGCGUGUAGUGUGCGGUGGCUGGAAUGCAGCGGACUAAAGCGGCAGUGAGUGUGGAGGUGAAGCAGGUGAUUGGAGCUUUGUGCAGACUGCUGGCGGCCCUCGGCGUGGAAGCUGUGCCCGCACCGGAGACCUUCAGGCGGGCUAAAUUCGGUGGUGGUCUCGAGGUGGAGGAUCAGUUUUGGCAGCUGCUCACCAACAUCCUUCAGGCAGCUGGUGUUGUUUCCUGUGAAGCUGGUGCACAGCCAGUAACGUUAGAGCACAGGAAACUGGUGGUUGCAGGCCUCUGGCAGACUGGCUACCAUGCUGACUGGAUGUAUGGGAGGGAGGAAGGAGAAGGAGGGAGAUUUUCCAGCAGACACCUCCUCCUGGCGCUGGGCUGGCUGCUCGCUACAGGAACACUGGAGAAACUUCUGACACAGCAAGUACAGCAACUGGACAAAACACUACUCACACCUACACCUGACCCUCAGUUUUCCAAUGAGUUCCAGUUAGACUCGGGAUCUCUGAGGAAACUUCAGUGGCUCAUUGGCUGUCUGAGAUACCAGGGGCGGACCCUGCAGUCUAUGCAAGAAGAGCGGGCUCGUUUGCUCCAUGCUGUUUUUUUUGCCAGCCUCCCCUCCUCUGUGUCUUCUGAUCAAACAUCAACAGUGCUAAGGGAGGACUGUGUUCGUACGCGGCAUCUCUGUGACAUCCUAGAAGGAUAUCUGAACUGGAAACAGGUGGAGAAAGUCUUCUGGACCUGGAUGGACAGUGUGGUGGACUGCCAUCUGACUGAUCCUGUUGUCGAGGAGCCUACACAUGCACCCAAUGGCAGCGGAAGAGUGUGUCACCACGGAAACCGGGGGCUAGAGAAAUUGGAGGACAUGUUAUUGAGACUGCCCACAGGACAGCAGAAAGGACAGAGCAGAGGCAACAGCGAUGCAGAGGAUAGAGGAAGAAGAGUAAAGAAGUUGCAGGGUGGAUCGGACACCUCCUCCCUCCCUCCUCUUCUCUCCUCUCUCCCCUCCAUGCCCUCCCUCACCCAGGUCUACCGAGCCAGGCUCCUGACUGAGAGGCCAGUCAGAAACAUCAGCGACCCAGCAGGGGGCCACCACAGCGGGGCCGAGGCUCCAGGUGAGCUCCCAGCAUCUCAGGCUGAGCAGCUGCUUCUUCAAACAGAGGCUCUUCUGCUGGAGAGGAGGGACAGGCAGAGGCUGGCCAGUAGGAUGCAGCUGCAGGAGAUGGUUGGCAAACUGGACCAACUGGUGUUGAUACCACCAUAGAUUUUUUUUUAUCCUCAGUCAGCAUGGGAUGAGUGUGAUGGAAAAGAAAUCAACAAAAUAUCAGUUUUCAUUUUUUAAUUUGCCAAAAAUUCACUUGACAUUUGGAUGGAAACCAGCUAUUUUCUUGCAGUUUUCAAAGAAAUCAUCUUUCAACAACUUCAGUUUGUUGUAGCUGAAAAUGAUAAUUACGUUUAUAUGUCAUUUUGUAAUGUUACUAACUUAAAAAACAGAUGAGACAAUAGACACCUGAUAAAUCUGAAAACCUAAACAUAAAGCAAAUAAAUAAUUCCUAAUAAUAUGUA